AUGAAAUUCUCUGGAGAGCUAUUCACCUAUGACGAGGAGAAACGCUUGACUGCAUUUGAAACUGGCCCAAUCCACUCAACCGAGACAAUAGUGUUUAUUGGUGGACUCAAUGAUGGAUUCAACGCUGUUCCUUACCUGUUACCGUUGGUACAGAAAGUAUCUUCUUUGAAUUGGUCUUUGGUACAAGUUCAAUUAUCCUCAAGUUUUGGUGGAUACGGAACAACGAAUUUACAAAGGGAUACAGAGGAAUUAGACUCUCUUGUCACUUUUUUAAGGGACAAAAGAGGGAAAUCCAAGAUUGUUUUCCUUGGUCAUUCGACAGGUAGUCAAGAUUGUUAUUGGCAUAAUAAAAAUGGUAAAUCAAGUAUUGCCGGUUAUAUUUUACAAGCCCCUGUAUCCGACCGGGAAUACUUUAACGCUAGUUCCCCUGAAAUACAUAAGUACUUGGAUUUGUCUAUCAAUUUAAGAAAUGAAGGAAAAGGAAAUGAAUUGUUGCCUAAAGAUGCUUUCUGGAAUCUUAUUUCCGCUGAUCGCUUCUUUUCACUUUGUGCCAAAGGUGGUGACGAUGAUGUGUUUUCAACAGAUUUAACUGUUGGUGAAAUCCAAAGUCUGUAUGAAGGCGUUAAUAAACCAAUCUGUUGGGUCUAUUCGGAUCAGGAUGAAUAUUAUGCUUCAGCUCAAGAUAAACACGAAGUCAUGAAUAGAUUCAAAUCUAUCUGCCCAGCCAUCAAAGUAACUGCUAUUGUACCUCAUGGUGACCAUUCAAUAACCAGAGAAGAUUCGCAAGAGUAUUUUUGCAACAUUGUUGAAGAUUUUUUGAAAACCUUGUGA